CAAACAGCAUAGUGAACCCAUUAUUGUGGCCAAGAUAGACACGAAGCCCAUGCCUACUACAGUAGUAAAAGUUUAUAUGCCAGCUAGCUCUGCAGAUGACGAUGAGAUUGAAGAAAUGUAUGAUGAGAUAAAAGAUAUUAUUGAGGUAGUGAAGGGAGACGAAAAUUUAAUAGUCAUGGGUGCCAGGUAUUCGGUAGUAGGCAAAGGAAGAGAAGGAAACGUAGUAGGUGAAUGUGGAUUGGGGGUAAGAAAUGAAAGAGGAAGCCGUCUGGUAGAAUUUUGCACAGAGCAUAACUUAAUCAUAGCUAACACUUGGUUCAAGAAUCAUGAAAGAAGGUUGUAUACAUGGAAGAAUCCUGGAGAUACUGAAAGGUGUCAGAUAGAUUAUAUAAUGGUAAGACAGAGAUUUAGUAACCAGGUUUUAAAUUGUAUGACAUUUCCAGGGGCAGAUGUGGACUCUAACCACAAUCUAUUGGUUAUGAACUGUAGAUUAAAACUGAAGAAACUGCAAAAAGGUGGGAAUUUAAGGAGAUGGGACCUGGACGAACUGACUAAACCAGAGGUUGUACAGAGUUUCAGGGACAGCGUAAGGGAACAAUUGACAGGAAUAGAGGAAAGAAAUACAGUAGAAGAGGAAUGGGUAGCUCUGAGGGAUGAAGUAGUGAAGGCAGCAGAGGAUCAAGUAGGUAAAAAGACGAGGGCUAGUAGAAAUCCUUGGGUAACAGAAGAAAUAUUGAAUUUAAUUGAUGAAAGGAGAAAAUAUAAAAACGCAGUAAAUGAAGCAAGCAGAAAGGAAUACAAACGUCUCAAAAAUGAGAUCGACAGGAAGUGCAAAAUGGCUAAGCAGGGAUGGCUAGAGGACAAAUGUAAGGAUGUAGAGGCUUAUCUCACUAGGGGUAAGAUAGGUACUGCCUACAGGAAAAUUAAAGAGACCUUUGGAGAAAGGAGAACCACUUGCAUGAAUAUCAAGAGCUUUGAUGGAAACCCAGUUUUAAGCAAAGAAGGGAAAGCAGAAAGGUGGAAGGAGUAUAUAGAGGGUCAAUACAAGGGCGACAUACUUGAGGACAAUAUGAUGGAAAUGGAAGAGGAUGUAGAUGAAGAUGAAAUGGGAGAUACGAUACUGCAUGAAGAGUUUGACAGAGCACUGAAAGACCUGACUCGAAACAAGGCCCCGGGAGUAGACAACAUUCCAUUAGAACUACUGACGGCCUUGGGAGAGCCAGUCCUGACAAAACAUUACCAUCUGGUGAGCAAGAUGUACGAGACAGGCGAAGUACCCUCAGACUUCAAGAAGAAUAUAAUAAUUCCAAUCCCAAAGAAAGCAGGUGUUGACAGAUGUGAAAAUUACCGAACUAACAGUUUAAUAAGUCACAGCUGCAAAAUACUAACGCGAAUUCUUUACAGACGAAUGGAAAAAUGGUAGAAGCCGACCUCGGCGUAGAUCAGUUUGGAUUCUGCAGAGAUGUUGGAACACGUGAGGCAAUACUGACCUUACGACUUAUUUUAGAAGAAAGAUUAAGGAAAGGCAAACCUACGUUUCUAGCAUUUGUAGACUUAUAGAAAGCUUUUGACAAUGUUGACUGGAAUACUCUCUUUCAAAUUCUGAAGGUGGCAGGGGUAAAAUACAGGGAGCGAAAGACUAUUUACAAUUUGUACAAAAACCAGUUACACGAGUCGAGGGGUAUGAAAGGGAAGCAGUGGUUGGGAAGGGAGUGAGACAGGGUUGUAGCCUCUCCCUGAUGUUAUUCAAUCUGUAUAUUGAGCAAGCAGUAAAGGAAACAAAAGAAAAAUUCGGAGUAGGUAUUAAAAUUCAUGGAGAAGAAAUAAAAACGUUGAGGUUCGCCGAUGACAUUGUAAUUCUGUCAGAGACAGCAAAGGACUUGGAAGAGCAGCUGAACGGAAUGGACAGUGUCUUGAAAGGAGGAUAUAAGAUGAACAUCAACAAAAGCAAAAUGAGGAUAAUGAAAUGUAGUCGAAUUAAGUCGGGUGAUGCUCAAGGAAUUAGAUUGGGGAAUGAGACAGUUAAAGUAAUAAAGGAGUUCUGCUAUUUGGGGAGCAAAAUAACUGUUGAUGGUAGACACUUCGUCCAGUGUUGCUGUAGCUUUUGAUAUUGUACAAACUGGCAAAGGUUCAGAUUCAUCGUUGUCUUUACUUUCUUCACUUAUCGAUAUCGUCAAUUGAAGACCUCCUACGAUUCCAAUUUUUCUCGAAGUAAGUCCGUGCUCUGUUUACAUUGAAAAAAAUACUCAGCUGAAUAACUUUUGAUCUUUAACCUCCAGAAUUUUUCAGAUGGAACCAAGGGUAGAUAGUGGCCUCCGAGCUGUUUCUUUACUUACAUCUGUACCUUUGUUGAAUUACAUUAUCAUAGUGCAAGUUGGUCAUACAAUUUUGAUGCAAAAGUGAACCUGAAAACAUGAUAAAAUGUGGACGUCUCUGGAGAAAGCUCAGUGUGUGGGGCCUGGUAGAUACAGACGAUACCUGAUACCCAAAUGCAACAAACCAUUCAGACUUGGAAUACAUCAUUUAUGGAAACAGGUAGUGUUCUCCAUAAAAAAAACAGGGCUGGUCACCACGAGUUUCAGAUGCCAUUGUGGACAGGGUACGGCAGGCGUUUGCAAGGAGUUCUAUAAAAUCUGUAUGUACUGCAGCCAGGGAGUUGGAAAUGAGAAGAUCGACAUGGCACAAUGUCUUGCAUAAGAGGAGUUCCUGUUACAUAUACAGCACUUGACACUGCUUGUGAGAAAACAUUAUUAAUCAGCAUUGAUGGUGAACUUGGUCCCUAGCACCCACUAGUGGGCGUCUCCACUUCCAUAGCAGGCAGUAGACAGUUGGACCCUAAAAUAUUUAUAUUAGGGUUUCACAAAACUUUGAAAAAAAUAUUUGGUCAUACAAUUUUGAUGCGAAAUGGAACCUGAAAACCUGCUAAAAUGUGGAUACCAGUGGAUAAAGCUCAAUGUGUGUGGCCUGGUAUAUACAGAUGAUAUCAGAUACCGAAGUGCAAUGAUCCUUUCGGACUUGGAAUACAUCAUUUAUGGAAACAGUGCUCACAAGACAUUUACAGUGGGGUGUGCAGUUGAGAACAGUUCUCCAUCUACCCCUCAGUGCUCACCAGAAUUAUCCAAAGUGGAGCACUGUGCCAAUUCCAAGAAGCAGGCCAAAGAUGUCCUGGUAAGCAGCACAUUUUCAAUGCUGUGAGACAAACAAACAGCAAUGAAUGGGAGCAAUGAGGAUGACAAGUUGGGCGAAUAUGUUGCAGCUGAGCUGAUAACAACUAAAAAUAGAAAAUUAAAUGCAGAGGCAAAGUGAAUGUUAUCAUGAAUGCCAUCAUGGGUGCAAUUCAGAAAGUUACUGAUUGUUAAUUUUUAAAUAAAAGAUUGAAAAU